CACUAGUGCUGACCUAGUUCUAUGGCACCGAAACUAUAUCCGCUCAAAGUGGUGCGGAUUUGUAUAUAAAUGAAGAGUCUCUCGCUGUAUCGACAGGCAUCUAAAUUCGGUGGUGUAAGCUUGCCUAACCGCGAUCAUGAGCACUAUGUUUGCAGACACGAUUCUUAUUGUGUUCAUCUCGGUGUGCACGGCGCUCCUAGCCGAGGGUAUUACAUGGGUUUUAGUGUAUCGGACCGAAAAAUACAAAAGGCUAAAGGCUGAAGUGGAAAAGCAAAGCAAAAAACUUGAGAAGAAGAAGGAAACCAUCACAGAGUCUGCAGGACGUCAACAGAAAAAAAAGAUUGAAAGACAAGAAGAGAAACUAAAGAACAACAACAGAGACCUCUCUAUGGUACGCAUGAAGUCUAUGUUUGCCAUAGGCUUCUGCUUUACAGCGUUGAUGGGCAUGUUCAACUCUAUUUUUGAUGGGAGGGUAGUAGCCAAACUGCCAUUUGUCCCACUGUCCUACAUCCAGGGAUUGUCACAUCGCAACCUACUGGGCGAGGAUUAUACUGACUGUUCAUUUAUUUUCCUCUACAUUCUUUGCACCAUGUCCAUCAGACAGAACAUACAGAAGAUGCUUGGUCUGGCACCCUCAAGAGCUGCAACAAAACAAGCCGGAGGUUUUCUGGGACCGCCCCCUCAGGCAGCAAAGUUUUCCUAACUGUCACAGACAGUUUCAACUAGUGCUGCACGAUUUGGUGAAAAAGUCAUAUUGCGACUAUUGUGUACAAUACUGCGAUUGCGAUAUAAUAAACAAAUUUAUACAUAGUAUACAAAUAAUACGAAUUUGUCGUGUUGCUGCGACAUGUGGCAACUUUCAUUUUGCAUGUUUUUAUUUAUUUUUAUUUUUUUGGAUCCCCCCCCCCUUUUUUUUUCUCCCCAGUUGUACCCAGCCAAUUACCCAACUCUUCCGAGCUGUCUCGGUCGCUGCUCCACCCCCUCUGCCAAUCUGGGGAGGGCUGCAGACUACCACAUGCCUCCUCCGAUACAUGUGGUGUCGCCAGCCGCUUCUUUUCACCUGACAGUGAGGAGUUUCGCCAGGGGGUGUGGCGCGUGGGAAGAUCACGCUAUUCCCCCCAGUACCCCCUCCCCCCUGAACAGGUGCCCCAAACGAUCAGAGGAGGCGCUAGUGCAACGACCAGGACACGUACCCACAUCUGGCUUCCCACCCAAAGACACGACCAAUUGUGUCUGUAGGGACGCCCGACCAAGCCGGAGGUAACACGGAUUCAAACCAUUUUGCAUGUUUUACAUAGUACCUCUUUCUGCUCAAUGUCAGUGAGCUUGAAUUCAAAAUAUCGCCAUAUAACAGGUCAAGUUUUUUUUGCCACCACUUCGUCAGCAUUAACCUGCUCUUUGUCAUCGUUAUCUAUUUUUUCCCCCUUCUUUCUGGUCUGCACACAGCAUGCCGGAUAUAGUCAUGUGACCGUAGACUGCACACGCUUCACUGCCUAACUAGAGACUGAUUAAUCAUCUCUUAAUUGUGGGCAUAGAUAUGCAGACUGCACACAAACAGACGUUCACACAAGUACAUUUUAUUAUUUAAUUAAAUCGCAGCCUUUUGUGCGGUUAUAUAAUAGACUCCUCACCACGUGACGUAAAAGCUGCGUUGUAAACGAGGUGCACGCGCAGAACAUGUUGUAAAACAUGGCCGAGAAACAACGCGAGUACCUAUGAAAGCAUAUAAGACAAAAUUAAACAGAGAAGAGUUAGAAAUUGGAGAAAGUGGACAUCUCAGAAUAUGUUGAAGGUCUCAGCAAGGAAGACGGAAAGCAUUACAAGUCGAAACUUACGCUAAGCACUGGAGAAAAACCUCCCGGUCCGUUUCUGCUUGCUGAAACUCAUUGGACAAGUGACAUUACGAAGUUGCCAAACACCGGCUGGAGGGAUGUGACUGGACACCUCAUAGACACACCAAGUAUAGUUACGUAAGAAUCAGUGAAGGCAUACAAGUCCUUAGAAGCAUACGAUUACUUUGCUGGAGGACAUGUCCAAGACUGCUUUUACCAUCUGUUAUCGAAGGAAAACAAGUUUUGCUUCAUCAAAUCAGAGUUUAACUGUUUGUAUGGUUGAAUUGUUUGUAUUCAACAAAAGUUGAAUUUUUUGUAGGGUUAUGAGAUCGAGGCUGGAGUCAAAUUAUGACCUCAAACAUCAUGACACAAGAAAGCUGAUGGAAUCAUCAUCGUCAGACUUGAGGAAGGCUAGGCAUUAACAACUCACACUUUGGUUUGGCAGUUGCUCUACUAUGACAGCAUCACAUUUAGAGCUGGUACUUACGUAUGUUCAGUCACAAUACUUAUUAGUGUAAGAAACGGAUACAUACCAGAUAUGAAAUGUUCUCCGCAAAUCUUUGCGUUUGAUAUUUGCUCUUCUGCCCACGUCUUUCAGUCCUCCCGACGGAUCGCAUGAAUCCACGCCUGUCUUCUUCGUUUUUCGACUGGAGUUUUCCCUUUCGGCAUGUGAUAAAAAUGCAGAUGCUUGUUUUUACCAUCUUUACGAUUGGUACAACCGACAGUGCGACAACUGUGAGGCAUUUUGUUUCGUUUUAAAUCAACUUUUCCGUGAUGAUCUCUUUGAAAUGAAUGUAGUAAUGUUUAUAAAUGCAGGACUCGUGGCCCCGUUUUGCCUCACAAUAUGCGUACACAACAUUUGGUGCAUGUAAACAAGGGAACACGUCUAUUGCACAGGCUGACAUCGCGAUUGCAAUUAGAUCAAUCAUGCAGCACUAGUUUCAGCCAUGGUGUUCAUACGCCAUGACUGCUGACUCUUGUGAAGUGACGGCUCUCGUUGGCGCACAGUGCUGCUCAUGCACUGGAAUGACCUCUGGUGUUGCCUGUUGCAGCUACUGUAUCACAGCACCUACCAUUUGACUCCUUGUUCUAUUUUUUGGGGUUUUUUUUGUUUGUUACUUAUUUAAAUUUUAGAUCCCCAGACUUGUACGGAGGGAGAAGAAACAUCAGCUUAUUCAUUGCUACCAAUUUAAGUGUGUACAUUGUAUGCAGUUGAGACCCCAAAUUGUUUUUAAAAGUUUAUGAUAAAUCAAUGUAAUGACGUACUAAUUCACUCAUCAGUAUUAUUGUAUGCCAUUCUUUGUAUCCAUAUUUCUGAAAGAUUAAUAAAGUUUUACAAUCAAAUUUUUAGGACCAUAUUUUUCACUUGGAAGUAAUAUUGUAUAGAAACAUGACUGUACCCUUUAUUGUGAUGCCCGUUGUAUGUAUUAGAAUGACAGUCAAACACCGUGAUUUUGUAGAGUAGUUCCAGCACAGUGCUUUGUGUUGCAUUUGAAAGUGCGUUCAAAAUAAGGGUGAUGUGGGUCCAAUAAUCUACUGUCAAGACUACUGUUGGAUUACUUAAAUUGAAACUUUUUUUUGGCUUUAAACCUUAUCUAUUUGUUUUUUAAUGUGUACACAGUUUAACUCAAAGGGUAGCGUCAGUGUUUCAUUCAGAUCACAUUAAACGAUACCAGUGUAGGUUGCGUUUGGUUAAGCUUUGCUCUGAAAUAUAUUAGAAAUGCUGCUUUCAAUAAAUUCUGUG